CUGAUAGCCCAGUUGACAGUUGACAUUUUCCUGGUUGUCCCGAUUUUUCACAUUUUAUUUAUAGUAAAUAGCUGAUAAUUGUUUAUAAUUUAUAUGCUAGUUACCUCGUGGUUUCAAAUAUAACUGGUGUCGAAACAUUCUUAGAUUUGCAAUGGCGGUCCUCGCUGCAGCUCAAUUGUUGGACGAGCUUAUGGGAAGGCAUCGAAAUGUUGCUCCUAAUGAAGAAGUUAAAAGAACAAACUGGGAAGAUUCUGAGUUUUGCAGUUAUUUUAUGGUAAAAUUUUGUCCCCACGAUUUGUUUGUUAAUACUAGAGCCGAUUUAGGGCCUUGCGCAAAAACUCAUGAUGAGGAAGCGAGAAAGCUUUUUCAAGAAGCUAAGAAGACCCAUUAUAAGAAAUUACAAUAUUUUGAUGAUUUUAUAAGAUUUUGUUCUUCAAUGAUUAAUGAGGUGGACAGGAAAAUCGUAAAAGGCAAACAAAGAUUAGCUCUUAGUGGUCGAAACGCCAUAAACAACGCCAAUCCUGUUCAGAACGAAAAAGAUAAGGAAAAAAUAGAUAUUCUAAAUGAACGAAUUAAUGAAUUAGAAAAAGAAGCUGAGCAAGCUGGCACUGAUGGUAAUGUGGAGCAGGCUCAAGGCUUGAUGAAACUUUGUGAUCAAUUGAAAGAAGAACGAGAUGUUUUAAAGAAACAUUCCGAAAUUGGUCAUUUAAACAUGACUGCUCAGUUAGCUGUUGAGCAAGAAAAGCAAAUGGAGGUAUGUGAAGUUUGUGGGGCUUUUUUAAUUGUCGGAGACGCCCAGCAAAGGAUUGAUGAUCAUUUAAUGGGCAAGCAACAUAUGGGAUAUAUGAGGCUCAAAAGUGCUGUAGAGGAAAUUAUGGCAAUUGUUAAGGAAGUCAAGGAGGGUCCCCGUAGGAAUAAAGAUAGGGAUCGGGAAAAGAGAAGAGAACCAACAAGGGAAAAAGAGAAGGAAAGGGAAAGGAGUCGGUCAGGGCACAGAGACAAGCAUAGGGAGAAGGACAAGGAACGUGAAAAGAAAGACAAAGAUUAUGAGAAAAGGAAGACCGAAGAGAAGGAGAGAAGGGAGAGGGAUCGAGAUCAUGAAAAGGAGAGGGACCGUGAGAGGGGUAGAGAAAAAGAAAGAAGAUAUCGCUCUGACCGUGAAGAGCGCCACAGACACCACCACCACCAUCACCACGGUUCUCACAGGCAUCGACGUUAAUAUCUUCAAAACGUAGUUGACCAGUAAGAUCAUCUACCACAGUUACCAACAGGUGAGGUCAUAGGAAGAUCAAAUCUCUCGGUGGUUUUGUAAUAAAAUGACUGGUCCUCUCAACUUGCUUGCACUCUCUGAAGCCUUCCAAAGUUCGGAUCGUUCAGCCGUUAAUUCCAGGUGAUUUAGCAUAGUAGAUAUUUUAGAUUUAAACUUUCUCACAAUUUUUUCCGUAAUACAUGCAUUGGCUUCAUAUGUUUUAAAUAUAAUAUUUAAUAUUGUUAAUUUAAGUUAUUUGUAUCAAAUUAAAUAAUUACAAAUAAAUGAAUAGU